AUGGCGCCAGGCAAGACACAUCCAGGACGGUCGCUGGCAGACCAGCUGGCAGAUCUUGAGGAUCCGACUCCCAAAGUUGUACUGGGAAAACAAUACGCUGGUGCGCGAGUUAGUCGGGAUGCACUUGAGGCAGACAGUGAUGAUGAUCCAUUUGCGGCACUUUCCGAUGAGAGUGAUCAAAGUGUCAGUGAUGAGAUUGAGUCCUCGAGCGAGGAAUCGUCCACCGGCCGCAGUGGGCUGGGAGAUGGAACAGAGGAGCGCUCAGAGCACAACUCAAAGACAGGCCAAAUAGGCGGGAAAUCUACCUUACCGAAAAAGAAGGCUUCGAAAAACAAAGAAACCACCGUGACAUCACAAUCCCCAUCAAGGUACAAGAUAGUAUCGUCGCAGAACUCGUCCACGAGCCGAGGAAAAGAGGACCUCACCACCUCGGCGGACGAGUCUGACUCAGAAUCGGCACUCCUCGCCUCCAUAUCGGACGACGAGCUCGACACUGUCGGGGAUGGGAGUAUCAUCGGGGAUCAGCUCGGUGAGGUUGUCGAGGACGUCGAAAUGGAUGAUUUCGACGUAGACUCAGAGAAUGCCCUUGAAGAGGUGCGGGAUGAAGAUGUAUCGAGCGAAGAGGAAAACCAGCAGGGAGCACAAGCAGAGGGCCGCGAUGCGGAAAGUAUGGACGAUGAUGAAGAUGAGCAGCUCAACCAGAAGAACAGCAAGAGGGUCCAUUUCGAGAAGUCUCGGUCGAAGGAAACGAAGGAUGAUCGGGAAGAGUUACGAAAGCUGAUGGCAUCGGAUCAGAAGACAAUCGCGGCAACGAUCUCGCAAGCUGCCAAGGCAGAUGCGGUAAAGGGGAGGGCAGUCAAGGAGCAACGUACAGUGUUUGACGCGUUGUUGAACACGAGGAUCAAGCUUCAGAAAGGCUUGACGGUGAUGAACGAAGCGGUCGUGAUGAUUGGGGAAGAGGAUGAUGGGAUGGAAGAGAACGGGGAGGCAAUCAAGUCAGCUGAAUCGGCAGCCCUCGCCCUAUGGUCUACGCUGGAGGAACUACGUCUCGCAUUGACGGAUUCCCACGCCAAAGACGAGACCAAAAAACGCAAGAGACCUUCUUCUAUCUCUUCAGCGACCUCCUCGCCAUCCCUCUGGGCACGUAUGGAGGAGCUGGAAUCCGCUUCUCGCGCCCAUCGUCGUGCUGUGCUCGAUAAGUGGUCUGCCAAAGUAAGAGGCGCCUCCACCUCUCUUCCCAAUGCCCGGGGCAAGCUUCUGGGCUCUGCCUCUGGCCAGCAAACCAUCACAGCCGUCCUCGAUGCGCACAUUGCCACAGAAAUCGGAGAGCGCGCGUCCAAACGUUCUCGCUCGUCAGAGGGCCACCAUGAGCCUGUUUACGACGACACCAUUUUCUACCAGUCCCUUCUUCGAGAUCUCGUCGAGCAACGAAUGUCCUCAUCGGACGCCAUGACGAACGGUCUCGACACUCUCCACCAACUGCCGUCUCGCCUGCCCAUCCACCCCGUCACGGGUAUGCGCAACGACAAGGUGAAGCGAGACAUCGACACUCGCGCCUCCAAAGGCCGCAAGAUGCGAUUCAAUGUUCACGAGAAGCUGCAGAACUUCAUGGCUCCGGAAGAUCGUGGGGCGUGGAGUACUCGGGCCCGCGACGAGUUUUUCGCCUCUCUGCUUGGCAAGACUGCCAGUGGCCUGCUGGGCGAGGCAGACGAGAGUGCCAGUGGCGAGGACAGUGAUGAUGACCGUGAAGAGAGCGGAUUGAGACUGUUUCGCACCUAA